CCCCUGAAUAUUAUUACUUGGGCGAAUUGGCAGCUGGCCAGGCUGGAACUUCUCUCGAUGUCUUCAAUAUACCUCCUGACAUAGGUAUUACUUACAACAAACGCUGAAUGACACAGUAGGGAAGAAAAUUGUCAUGGAUUUCCUGGGUUUUAACUGGAACUGGAUUAACAAGCAACAGACAAAGCGGAACUGGGGCCAGCUCACAUCCAACCUGCUGCUUGUAGGAAUGGAAGGGAAUGUCACACCAGCACACUAUGACGAACAGCAGAACUUUUUUGCACAAAUUAAAGGUUACAAACGUUGUAUUCUGUUCCCACCUGAUCAGUUUGAUUGUUUAUAUCCAUACCCAGUCCAUCACCCGUGUGAUAGACAGAGCCAGGUGGAUUUUGAAAAUCCAGAUUAUGAAAGGUUUCCUAAUUUUAGGAAUGUUGUAGGAUAUGAAACAGUGGUUGGACCUGGAGAUGUAUUGUACAUCCCUAUGUACUGGUGGCAUCAUAUUGAAUCAUUGCUUAAUGGAGGAAUCACUAUUACUGUCAACUUCUGGUACAAGGGUGCACCAACUCCAAAGAGGAUUGAGUAUCCAUUGAAAUCCCAUCAGAAGGUCGCAAUUAUGAGGAAUAUAGAAAAAAUGCUGGGAGAAGCUCUAGGAGAGCCACAAGAGGUUGGGCCAUUAUUAAACAUGAUGAUAAAAGGCCGAUAUGAUUAACUAUCAUCCUGUCAACUGUUCAGCAACACUUUCUUGGAGGAAAUGGCACCGGACUGAGCAUAUUGUAUACAAGCAUUACACGCCUGGACUGAAUGCAGAUGCAGGAAAUUCUUCCUCUUGUUCAAAGUUGGCUGCCAUUGAUUGUUGAAAUGAAUUUUUAUAUCCACCAUCUGUGUGCCUGUCAGACAGAAGAUUCUGCCAACUGAAGUCUGAUAUCAAUUGAUUGGCACAUUGCCCUAGAUACGUUAUAGCACUGAGUGUGUAUGUAGACCACAUUCCACCAAUUUAUAUGGUUUUAAGUUUCUUUUUGAAACAGAAACAAAACUGAGCGCUUUGUGCCGAUUCUGUUGGAAUGGUGGUAUUGGGCUAAAUGCUGUUGGUUUCUUUGCAUGACUCUGAAACAAGAGAAGGCUCCUCCAUAGUUGAGCUUAUAAAUUGGCUACUUUUGAUUUUAAUAGCUCAUAAUUUAUGAUCAAUUCCUGUGACUUACACUCAUGUCUUAGAAUACUUGGUUUGAAAUAUUAAAAAGUGGCAGAGGCAU